UCCCAGAAGGCUCCGCGGCGGCGGCGGCGGGGUGGGGCGCGCACUACGUGACGCGGCGUGGCGUGGUGCGCCGUGAGUGGGCGGGUCCCCAUGAGUCGCUACGUGCUGCCGCUGUCCGUGGCCGGGACCCUACUGGGGGGCGCCGUGUUGCUCCGGGACUCAGUUAGCGGCGGGACCUGCCCCAGCAAAGCCACUAUCCAUGGGAAGACGGUCAUUGUCACGGGGGCCAACACUGGCAUUGGGAAGGAGACGGCCCGAGAGUUGGCCCGGAGGGGAGGCCGCGUCAUCCUGGCCUGUCGGGACUUGGACAAGUGUGAGGCAGCAGCCAAGGAGAUCCGAGGGGACACGCUCAACCACCGCGUGGAUGCCCGGCCCCUGGACCUGGCCUCUCUGAAGUCCAUCCGGGCCUUUGCCAAGAAGAUCGUGGAGGAGGAGGAGCGAGUAGACAUUCUGAUCAAUAAUGCUGCCGUGAUGAGGUGCCCCCACUGGACCACCGAAGAUGGCUUUGAGAUGCAGCUGGGGGUCAACCAUCUGGGUCACUUCCUUCUGACCAACCUGCUGCUGGAGAAACUGAAGGCGUCAGGGGCCUCCCGGGUCAUCAACGUCUCCUCGCUGGCUCACAUAGCGGGCCACAUGGAUUUCGAGGACCUGAACUGGGAGCGGCGGCCCUAUGAGGCCAAGGCUGCCUACUGCCAGAGCAAGCUGGCCGUGGUUCUGUUCACCAGGGAGCUCAGCCGGCGGCUGGAAGGGACUGCAGUCACUGCUAACUCCCUGCACCCAGGGGUGGCCAGCACAGAAUUGGGCAGACACACGGGCAUGCAUCGAUCCUCCUUUUCCAGCACGGUCCUCGGCCCCUUCUUCUGGUUGCUAAUAAAGACGCCCAAGUUGGCAGCCCAGCCAAGCGUCUACCUGGCCGUGGCUCCAGAGCUUAGCGCGGUCUCAGGCAAGUAUUUCAACACCUUCUGGGAGAAGGAUCCGGCUCCACAGGCCCAGGAUGGUGAGACAGCUCGGAAACUCUGGGUCUACAGCGCUCGGCUCGUGGGGCUGGAUGAGGCCGAGGCCCUGAACGCAGGACCACCUGUGAAUAUCCCUGGCACGCGGAGCUCCUGAUCUCGCAUCUCAGAACGCUGGGGUCCCCGUCCCCCGAGAUCCCUCCUGCCCUGGAUGUCGUGCGGGGC